CUUGGGGGCGUGUGCGGCCUGCUUGGAGACAGAAUUGACUAGCCAGUGCAGGAGAAUCGGCUAUUAACGAAGGGAAGACGCGUAUGUACUCAAAACAGUAUUUGUUAUAGUUAAAACCCAAUAUUUUGUGGAUCGACUGGCUCCUGUAGCCACAGAAAGAGCAAAAAAUUACCAUAAACGCUGAUGAGAGUUUUGAAACGAGUAAGUAGUCAGGAAACAUCUUCUGCACCAACAACCAGUUGCCCUCAUUUCGGACGACUGACUCAAUGAGCACAUUUGUCUUUUUUUACUGACAGGAUGUUUCGCUUCCGGCUGCUUCCCACUGCCUCGGUGGGGCUGGCCAUUGUGUCCCGACGGUAUCACGGCUUUACCAACCCCUCCCCCAGCCGCAGGAGACUGAUGAUGGCUGCGCUAGUUGGAGUGACCGCUGCCUCGGCCAGCGCUGGACUGAUGUGGAAGAGAGCCAACGCGGAGGCAGCCUCCUCAGUGAAGCACGCCCCCAGGGCGGAGCGCAGUGACCCGCUGGAGGAGGAGCCUGUGAAGGGGGAGGAGUUAGACGAUGACAAGGCGAUGGAGUCGAGCGGAGAGGAGGGGCAGCCUGAGGUGAAAAAGAAGAAACCGCGAUCUGGCUUCAGAGAUCGCAAGGUAAUGGAAUACGAGAACCGUAUCCGCGCCUACUCCACUCCUGAUAAGAUCUUCCGAUACUUCGCCACGCUGAAGAUCAUCAGCGAGCACGGAGAUUCGGAGGUCUACAUGACCCCCCAGGAUUUCGUCCGGUCAAUCACGCCCAAUGAAAAACAACCAGAGAAUCUGGGGCUGGAUCAGUUCUUGGUAAAGAGAUACGAUGGCAAGAAGCUUUCCCAGGAGCGAGAGAAGUUUGCGGACGAGGACAGUAUAUUUCACAGUCUGGGCGAGUGCGGGCUCAUCUCCUUUGCGGAUUACAUAUUCCUCACCACCGUUCUCUCCACUCCUCAGAGGAAUUUCGAAAUUGCCUUCAAGAUGUUUGAUCUGAACGGAGACGGGGAAGUAGAUAUGGAGGAGUUUGAACAGGUGCAGAGCAUCAUUCGCUCGCAGACCAGCAUGGGAAUGAGGCACCGGGACCGCUCAACCACGGGAAACACCCUCAAAACGGCCUUCAGCUCCGCACUCACCACCUACUUCUUCGGAGCGGACCUCAAGGGCAAGCUGACCAUCAAGAACUUCCUGGAGUUCCAGCGCAGACUGCAGCACGACGUCCUGAAACUGGAGUUUGAGCGCAAUGACCCAGUAGAUGGUCGAAUCGCAGAGCGCCAGUUUGGCAGCAUGCUGCUAGCCUACAGCGGGGUCCAGUCCCGCAAACUCACAGUCAUGCUGAAAAACCUCAAGAAGCAGUUCAAAGACGGGCCGGGAAUAACAUUUGACGAGGUGGAGAAUUUCUUUACCUUCUUGAAGAAUGUGAACGACGUGGACACAGCACUGAGUUUUUACCACAUGGCUGGAGCCUCCAUCGAUAAAGCAACGAUGAAGCAGGUCGCCAGAACUGUGGCAAAGGUGGAGUUGUCUGACCAUGUCUGUGACGUUGUCUUUGCACUGUUUGACUGUGACGGCAAUGGAGAGCUGAGCAACAAAGAGUUCAUCUCCAUCAUGAAGCAGCGGCUGAUGCGCGGUCUGGAAAAACCCAAAGACAUGGGCUUCACGCGGCUCGUGAGAGCCAUGUUCAAGUGCGCGCAGGAGACCGCCUGGGACUUUGCCAUGCCCAAGCAGCAGUAGAGAGGACAGGAGAGAGAGGAAGAACCAAACCAAAGGACUGCAGGGUUACUAUGGGAGGUCCCAUUCAGCAAGAUGGGGAAGGUUUUUAUAUAAAUAAAUAAUAGCGCCAUUCUAAGCAUCUUAAUUUCUGUACUCCUGAGAGAAAAGAAAAAGGUAAAAGCUAGAAAAGGGUUUCAAGGGUGUAGCUAAAAAUACAGGAGCAGGGAAAAAGCUUUUCUUUGUUAGAAAAUUCCUGGAUAAUGGACUAACGCAAACAAAGAAGUCUUGAUGUUGCCUUUCAAUCCACAGACCUCUUGCUGUUUUUGAAAUCUAAACUACAUCCCGGGCUUGUGUGUGUGUGUGUGUGUCUAUAUAUAUUGUUUUUGUUUUGCUUUUGUGUAUUUUAAUGUGCUCUGCUAAAACGAAUGUAAUUUUAAAGUAAGGCUUUGGCACACAUGAUUGCUGCGUUUUUUUUUAAAAAUGUGUGUGUCUACCUUUGUCUCACUCUGGCUUUAGGGAAAUCAAAAGCUUUCAGUAAUAUGUACAGCGAGAGACACAUGCAUGCACAUAAAAUACUAGGGAAAGUAAGCCCCAGUGAAAAAUAUUACCACCUAGAAAAAGAAAGUCAUUUGCAUAAAAUGACAGCCAUUCUUGUCCAACAAAUGUAUUUGCUCCGGGUGAGCGAGUCGAGUACCUUCCAAUUUAAAGUCAUGCAGCUCGGCACUGAUCUGCCAUUGUAAGAAGGUUAUUACACACGUGGCAUUCGUAGUUAUUGGACUUGGUGGUUAAUUUUAUAUAUAUAUAGGGCAGCUGGCUCUUUGAGCUAAUAUAUAUAUAUAUAUAUAAUAUAUAUAUAUAUAUAAAUUUUUUUUUUUUGCACAAUACUGGUCGUUCCGAGCAUGUCUUUAAAAGGUGGGUUAAAUGAAUUGCUCUUCGUUUUCUCUGUGUCAUUGACCUUUUUGUUUUUUAGUACAUUUUCCUCAGAUUUAAAAAUCUCUGAAGAUACAACACUAUUGAUCCGUCUGCUCAUUCAUGUUAAUCCACAGCUAUUAAUGCUUUAAUGUCCAUGCCACCUUUGCUGGGCAGUCUCUUUCCAGUUAGAACUUGUACAGGUCAAGAACACAUGUUAAACACCAUAGACCACAAUUAGUAUUCUUUCACUACCUUUUUUAAUGUAACAUUAGUGCUAAGUGUGGUCUGUGAUACCAGCCAUUAGCAUGAAGUCAUAUAUUCACCAAAAAAAGCAAUUAAUAAAUAAUGAAAUAAUGAUGCAUUAUAUAUUAAAGAUAUCCCCCUGUACACAUUAUUGAUUUGCUAAAAGCAGAAGGUCUCCACCGUAAGAAUGUCAGGAAAUAGCAACCAGAUAGAGAAAUGAACAUUUUAAAACAGCCUUCCUUUUACAUGUGUGAUUCGUGUGACUUCAGAAUGUGGUUUUAGCAUUAACACCAGACUGAAGGAUAUCUACAUCAUCAUAUGGAAGGAAACGUAAAUGGAUGGAGACACAUAUGGAUCACAUUAGUUUACUGUAAAGCUACGUCUUAGUUGGUGCUUAUCUUGGCGAGAGCCGAGUUCAAAUCAGCAUGAAGUUUUAACAUCUACUCUCGUGUAAUGGAAAUCAUACAUGCUUUCAGAUGAGAUUUCAGAAUGUGAUUUUUAUUACCAGAUUUUUUUUCUUUUUCUUUUAAAACUAUUUUGCAUUUUUCAAGUGGCAACAAAUUACUAAAAAAAACAGGUAUCAACUGGGGCUAAACUCAGCCUAGUCAGUGCCAGGCUGCCAUAUUCAGGGAGGUUGCAUUGGCUUCCUAUUAGAUUCCGUAUCACUUUAAAAAUUGUUGUUGACCGUUAAAGCACUUCGGGGUCUUGGGUCGGACCUACAUAUCUGUCAGAACUGCUCCAUCCGUGUUACCCUGGCUGCCAGUUGUGAGGGACAGAUUCACAGCACCUGGUUUCAUCAGUAGCUAGGUUAGUCACGCGAGGAAGUCAGUUUUUCCCACAAUGCUCCAGCUCUCUGGCAUGCUUUGCCAGGGAUCAUCAGAAAGGCUGAUUUCCUGGUAAAGCUGAAGGCCUGUUUGUUCUCAAGCCUUUGAAGUGUGAAAUACAUUUUGUUUUUAUUUUGCUUUUAUUCUUAUAUAUUGUUCGGUCUCGUUUUACGCGGUUUGAGGCUUUCCUAUGCAAGGUGGUAUAUAAACAAUAAAUUGAUUACAUUUGACGGAGGUUAACCAGGGGACAGUAGCAUUAGCCUGAUAGCCCUGCAGUAAAAAUGUCAGGCUGGAUAGUUCCUGAUGGAACCCAUGUCUUUAUUAGUGGCAACCAAACAUUUUCUCUCAACAGACUCCAGAAUAAGACCUUUGGGUGUGUGGUGAAUUAAUUAUAAUUUAUCUUCCAAUGUCACUGGUGUAAAUAUUACAUUUGAAUGCAUGUACUGUUAAAAAUAAAAACAAAACUUGUCAUAAACAAAACAAA